CUCUUUCCUCGUCUCGAAGGCGCCGAUCAGCUCCGAAUCCUCGCCCCAUCGACCUUCUCGUGUGCAUCUGCUGCUGCCGGAUUGCUGCGUUUGAUUCAACAUGGGCCACGCCGCUGUGUGGAAUUCUCACCCGAAGAAGUUCGGACCGGGUUCGCGCACCUGUCGAGUGUGCGGCAAUGGACACGGUUUGAUCCGUAAGUACGGAAUCAACACUUGCCGUCAGUGCUUCCGCAUCUACGCGAAGGACAUCGGCUUCGUCAAGUACCGUUAAGGUGUGCGGAGGAGGCGAAGUUGUCUCCCAUGGCUUCGGACGAUUUCAUGGACCCUUUUGAUCAUGAGUUCGGUUCGUGAUUUCGAUACGGUCAAAUUUAUGUAAUGUUUCCAAUGACCUAGCGUGAGGAUGGGAAUUUUUGAAGUUUGCGGGAGAUAGGCUGAAGUCCAUGUUAUCUUUAGAGAGAGUUGAGCAUGUCGUUCCUCUGAGUUUGAUUAAAACUCUGCAUCGUUUCCGUUUUGGAUUCUCUGUACACGGCAUGACACUUCCAGGAUUAUGGAUUCUUCCUGUUCAGCUGGAUAGCAAUAAACUCUAAAGCUGGUAGUGUUAGGGUUUCGACCUAACGGCUUAUUCGAGCAAUUCUCUUGUUUUGUCAUGAACCUUUUCUUUUUGGAGCCUGUGAGCUCCAGCACGUAUCCGCUCCGACCUUCAUCUUUGUUUAUGAAAUUGGCCUUGCCCCAUAUGGCCUGAUUUACAGAAUCAUCUUGGCAGCAGGUGUCGAGAGAGGAGGUGAGUUGAGUUCACGGUUUGAGUUGCCGCUCAUUAGGGUUACCAGGGUUCUCGAAUUCAGGGCCCUUGGUGUCCUUGAACUUGUAUGUCGAUCAAUAUGGUUGUUUUAAAUUUACAUUUAGGGAAUUCCAAGAGUUCUUUGUUUUGAGUCUCU